GCUAAGCAGAUCGGCAAACAUUCGUUCAGAUCACCGCCAAGGAAGAAGAUCGUGCGCGCCGUGCGGGCCAUUCUCUCGCGCUUCCUUGUAAGCCUGGCUUAACUGGCUGCCUUACAUAUCUAACAUAUUGAUCGGUCGCGAUGUUUUUCCAUUCAAUUUAGGAAGUUUGAGUUAUAAUUGAAACCGGGCCUGGAUAUUGAACCGCUCGAUAGAUCGCGAUCGGUUUCCGUUUUGUCGCGUUCGAUGUGGCUUGCUUGGGGUUGGUCUGUUUUGCGCUCGUUUAAUUCACCGUGAUCCUCUCGUGCACGUCGAGGUCAAUCUCGACGCGUGGCCGUGCAUAUUUUGUUGAAGUAAUCCUCCGUGUAACUGUGGGGGAGUGUGCACGGCCGAUCGUGAAUACUUUUGGUACCUGAACCUGCUAGCUGGACGGAUAAUCUCUGGCUGGGGACAAGUGUCGCUGAAACACAACAUAAAUCAACCAAGAAGUGCAUUGAAUUUUGUGGAGCAUGUUGUUGUUUUCGUCACUUUUGUGUUUACAGUGAGAAUUUACACGCCUGCUUUUCUGUUGUUUGCUUGUGGGCGGUUUUUGGCCAAUUUCAAAAGUGCCUCACAUCGUACAAAUAAUUGAUUGAUUCAACUGAAGAUUCCGCAGAGUUUGGUGAAAAAUAAACACGAAGAAAAAACCAGUGAAGAACGGCGGCAUUGUUGGAGUGGGGGAGAUUUUUCGAUUUGAACCACUUAUUCGCGUUAUUCGGCCAGUUUGGGUUCAAUCUUGCCUCAGAAUAGAGGUGUGGCUUCCCCAAAGAAUAAGCAACAGAACAAGUUCCUUCCGGAAAAGGAAAUUCGAUUCGACCAUCUAAGAAAAGGAGCCAGCCCAAUUUCGCCCGAUCGAUGCCGACUGCAGCAAGUGAAGUCACAUGGAAGCCAAAUUUGCCAAGAAUCCCGAACUGAGCGACAACAUUCGCCUGUCGGUGAAGCCUUCGCAUCACUACCUAAAGGAGGACCUUCACAAUCCAGAACUAAUCGAUGGGAUCGGCAACUAUAAGGAGUUGAAGAAGCAGAAAAGUAAGGAAUAUGAUGCCAGCAAGUACAAUGACUACCACGAGCUACAGGCGGACUUCCGGGAGCUGCGUAGCAAAUCUAAAAGGAAGGACUCCAAAAUGAUGGCCAAGGGACGCCGGAAGAAGAAAAAACCGAAACUCAAUUUCGAGGGCGAAAAAUUCAAGGACCCCGAUCCUUACCAGCUGGCCGUCCGAAAGACACAGUAUAGCAAGGAUAAUGGAAAGUUCAAAUUUGAGGGCGAGAAGUUUAAAGAUCCCGAUCCGUUUGGAUUGGCCAUCCGAAAGCAGAGCAGCAUUGAUGAAACCGGUAAUGGCAAGGAUGUACUGCUAGAUUUCCGAAAUCAGUUACAUCACGCCCAUCCCGGUUUGGUUCAUGGUAGCACGGAAUAUUACAACAAAGAUUGCUACAUAGCCGAUCUGCACGAAGACGCUGGAGACGAUGAUGAUGAUAGCUCUGGUAGCUCUGAUUCAUACUUCAACCGAGCAGCCCUAUCUCAGUUCCUAGCGGUUGGGGUUAAGAACGUUCUUCUUCUGGGGUACGGAAUGACCCUUGGGUUCCCCACCAUUGUGAUACCUGCCGUACAGGGUGGCGACGGCCGAGGUCCCAGCCUCGAGAAGGAUUUUUUCCUCAACAAAGACGAAAUAUCGUGGCUUAGUUCCAUUAACCUAAUCUGCGUGCCCCUGGGAUGUAUCUUUUCCGGAAUGCUCACACAGCCCAUCGGAAGGCGACGAGCCAUGCAGAUUGUCACCAUUCCAAUGCUGAUCGCGUGGCUGCUGUUCCAUUUUGCUACCGAUGUACACUUCCUGUAUUGCGGUCUAGCCCUGGCCGGAUUUGCCGGUGGCCUUAGUGAAGCUCCGGUGCUCACGUACGUGGCCGAAAUCACCCAACCAGUAUACCGGGGCAUGUUGGCCGCCACCGGGUCGACCUGCGUCAUUCUCGGUGUCCUGAUUCAGUUCCUCAUGGGUAGCUUCCUGCGAUGGAGGACGGUUGCCCUGUGCAGUGCGUGCGUGCCGGUCAUCGCAUUCCUGCUGCUGUUUCUGGUGCCGGAGAGCCCGGUUUGGUUGAUCGGAAAGGGACGACACCGUCAGGCGCGUCAAUCGCUGGCCUGGCUUCGUGGCUGGGUGCAGGAGGAUCAGAUCGAGAGCGAGUUCUACGAACUGCAGAAACACAUGCAAAUCAUUGCAGAACGCGAGAAGGAGAGUGAUUUCUCGUCCGGGUUGAAGCGAUACACAUCGCGAACCUUCCUGCAGCCCUUCGGCAUCAUCAGCUUGUGCUUCUUCGUGGGCCAUUUCUCCGGGAUGACCACGCUACAGACGUACGCUGUUCAGAUAUUCCACACGCUCAAGGCGCCAAUCGACAAGUACUACGCCACUACUCUUCUGGGGGUAGCGGAACUGCUCGGAACUUUGUUCUGCGUGGGUUUGGUGCACUUUAGCGGCAAACGGCCGCUCGUCUUUAUAUCCACCAUCGGAUGUGCCGUGUGUAUCUUUGCCGUAGCCAGCUAUUCACAGUUUCUCAACGCCAUCCCCGGCACUACCGUUAGCAAUGUGGUGGCCAAUGUUUCGGCGAUAAAGGCCGAAAUACAGGUUCUGCCGUUGAAUCAUUCGGACAGGGUUAUGCAAAUUCCAACCAUGCUGGCAAACGCAAGCCUCCAGUUUAACGCUACAUCUGCAAAUUCUUCCGAAGAAAUAGGUUUGGACGACCCCAAUGCACCGCAAUACGACGAUCAAAGUUUUACGCCGUACUUCUUGAAUGGAUCCUAUGAUGAUACGUUAAACACCAGCAUAAUCUAUGGGGAAUACGUAAAAUCGGCCAUACCGCGGGAUGUAUUUGUACAAAUACCUCACUCGGAUCAGAACAAGUAUCUAUGGCUUCCAUUGACACUGCUGCUGGGAAGUGCUUUCCUUACCCACAUGGGUAUACGGUUGAUACCCUGGAUGUUGAUAGGAGAGCUGUACAACCCCACAAUUCGUAGCGGUGCGUCGGGUAUAUCUGGUGGUGUUGGAUACAUUUUCGGCUUCCUAGCCAACAAAUUGUUCCUCAAAAUGUUAGCUACGUUCACAUUACCUGGAACGUACUACAUCUACUCUGCAAUAACCAUCAUCGGUGCAAUAAUUCUCUACAAAACCCUUCCGGAAACGGAAGGUAAAUCUUUGAUAGACAUCGAACAGUAUUUCGUUUCCGAACGAAAAAAGUCCAUUCACUUUGAACUCGAGUCAGCCGAACCCCCGAAACCUAAACCACGUGGCUAUGCGACGGCCUUCGCACCUCCACCUCCACUACCGCCGCGGUCUCAUCCUUUGAAGGAUGACAUAGGGAGGAUCAGAAAAAUAUCCCAACAGUUCGGACGCCGCGAAUCGGCCAGUUCUCCGUCCCGUAAGGUUUCCGAAGCAUCCAUGAAGUCCAAUGGGGACAAUCGGAAAAUUUCCACCACCUCCUCGAAAGGUUCGGUCCACAACUUUACCCUCAAUUCCUCGCGACCUAGUCAAAGCUCCAACGAAUAUUAUAGGAAAAUAUCCGCGAGCAAAAUGCCCCCACCCCUGCCACCAAUCCACGGCUCACCAGACCGUACCAGGAAAAUCCACAGUCCCCAGUCGAAAACAAUAACAAUUACCAAACCACCCAAUGAGGUCUCACAAAACCCAUCAGAACCUCAAAAUUAUCGAAAAAUAUCGGACUCGCACAAAACGACUGCGACCAACAGCAACAUUCCGGUACUGAAAGUGGCCCCCCAUCGGGAAACACCACCGCAACCGACCGUACAAAGCCGAAAACCAAAACCCCAAAGCAUGGAGAAAUUCGAUGUCAACACGUGGGAUAGUAAUUUGAAAUUUGAGGAACUGUUGCGAAAACGAGACCGCCCCCAUCAUAGCACGAGGUCAACGGCGGUCAACAGCAGCGGCGGCAGUCAGCAUGAUUUGAAGCGCGAUGAGGACGCACAUCUGCUGGCAGUCGGUCGGAGUCGCCACAGGCAAAAUUCCGGUAGCCUGAAUCUGCUCACGGAAAUCGGUGGCGGAGGUCUCGACAACCGAGCGUACGCUCACAGCCGCGUAGAUCUUCAUGAAACGCAAAUGUGAUGAACGUUGGCUCAGUUUAGUGUAGGUAGAAAAGCUUUAAUAGAUCGCUGUAAAAAUA